AUGGAGUCUCGAAUCAUGGAGCAAAUGUCUGGCGGCAUGCGAGAUGAUUCUGAACCAUGGGCAUUGGGUUAUCGCCAUCAAAAUACCAGCGGCAAUAAUUUUGGAACAGACUACAACUACAAUCUCGAGGACCUCGAUGAAACCAGUCGCUCAUCCUCAGCAGAGGGCAAGAGCGUCUCGGCUCGUACCACUGAUCGAAGCGACACAAUAACUGUUGCAACGAGCAUCACCACAGACCUCGACGUCGAUGACAGAAAUACCGAUACCUCCAACAACAGCGCAAAUAAAACUGCCGUUGCGCACAUACUCCCACUGCCUUCUUUUUUGCUUGAUGGGCCGACUGACGGCUCAGCUACGCGCUACGAUCAAGUGCUAAUGAUCGACGAUGAAGAAAGAGACAGAGCUGAAAACGCUUCGUCUGGUGUCACCACGACUGGUGCCACUAAUACUGCUGCAGCACACACCACGCAUGAAUGUCUCACCCAAACACACGGGUGUGCUGAAGUGCGCGUUGGCUUUGGCUUUCGCGGAGAAAUACCACGAUGGAGCCGGGGCUCCGAACUCGGCUACGCUAUUCACGAUGAGACUUUUCCAUCCGAUCUAUCGGCCAAGAUAGGACCAGCGAUGGAAAAAGCAGUUGAUCUGUGGCAGAAUCAUGGGGUGAGCUUUAAGCAAGUUGGCCGCAAUGACCCAGCCACCUUUGCGGUCGUAUAUGAAAACGGGCCCCCAAAAGCCUAUGCUCGCUCCUUUUUCCCGAAUGAAUCGCGGCGCACGUUAAGCGUGUUUCAGAGGACUCGGCGAGCACCGGACAGCCUACCCGGUUUAUUGGCCCACGAACUUGGCCAUAUUCAGGGCCUUCGGCAUGAAUUUGCCCAUACCGAUGAGGAGGAAAUGCAAUUCCCUUCUGUUCUUGUUGGGAGCGAAAAUACCAAGUCAAUUAUGAACUAUUUCGCCCGUCCGGAAGAGUAUCAAGUUCAGCAAUCAGACCUCAAAGAACUCCGGAGCUUCUAUGAAUACGACAAGGCAGAGUAUAAGGGGCUGCUCAUACGUGACAUUGAUCCAGUGGUAGGUCUAUUUAGCGAAGAAGAUGAGCGGAUGAAUCCAAUCGUCAGCUUUGUCACUGCAUUGCGCUGA